AAUUAGUUCAGUCAACGCGGAGUUGCUUUAACCCCAAGUUAAGCGCAUGCACGAGGAUACAUAAAGCCCUGAUUAGAGCACAGAUUAAGCGAGUCACCAUGGAGACGGAGGGAAAGAAGGCGCGGUCAAUGUAUCUUACAGCGCUUGAUGGCAGCAUCUGCCGAUAACAUGCAAAUUUUAAAAGUAUCUGUACUGCAGUACAGAUACUGCAGUACCACGUGUACUCUGUUCAGCAGGCCCUGCACGUGUCGCUGUCGGUGCUCUGAAGGUUAUUCCAGAGUUGGCUCCGUUCCUCUUAAGCCUUUGGAAUAUUUUCAUGAACAGCUGCUUCCUACAGGAUCAUCAAAAGGUGCUGUGACCUUUGACCUUUUCACCUUUACAGGUCAGCAAUGAAAAUACUCCAGCAGAAAAGAGUUCAGACGUGUUGUCGUCUCUGCGGCUGAUGUGACAUCUGCGUGUCAAUAUUUGAGCUGUGGUUAACCAUCAAUCCGUCAGCUGCUCCUCCAUCCUCCAUUUUGCCCGCAGCCGUCGGACAGACAUGCUGCCGUCCACAGCCGUGACUCUGAGCGUUGGCGCUCUGCUCGUCUGCUCUGCGCUCAUCCAGUGUUCAGUGUUCUUGGAUCGGUCGGCGGCCGGCCAGAUCCUGCGCUCCUCCUCCAGGAGGCGACGAGCCAACUCGCAUUUCCUGGAGGAGAUGCUGCCCGGGAACCUGGAGCGGGAGUGUUACGAGGAGCGCUGCUCACUGGAGGAGGCCACAGAGAUCUUCCAGACCCAGGAGAAGACGAUGGAGUUUUGGUACAGAUACACAAAUCUGAACCCCUGUGGGACCAACCCCUGUCUGAACGGAGGCAUGUGCACCCUGGACCGAGGAGACUUCACGUGUCUUUGUCCUCCCCAGUAUCAGGGCAAGAUCUGCAACACAGUGGUGUUGGAGUGCCACUAUAGAAAUGGUGGCUGUAUGCAGUACUGCAGAGACCUGGCAGGUGGCGCUGGAGUUCAGUGUGGCUGUGCUGACGGAUACUUCCUAGAGAGUGACAGACAGAGCUGCUCCAAGACCGGUAACACUCCCAGGACCCACAUUGUAUUAGUAUUACUGCACAUAAUACUACAGUAAGUGCAGACGGGAUUUAUUACUUC